ACAUGCCCUGCCAUGCAUGGUCAGUGAUCUCCUCCUCCUCCUUUUCCUCUCUCUCUCUCUCUCUUUCUCUCACUCCCGCGCGUACCUGUUGGGAAAAAAAAGUACCUACUACAGCUUGGCUACAGUUUUGAUAAACUACACACACAUGGACAGCAGUCAGCAGCAGCAGAAACAAGACGACGUCGACGUCGACGUAAUGGAGGUCCCGGAGGUCCACGGCGACCUCCUCAUGGAGCUCCUGGACGCGUCCCUCGCCGCCGAGAACGCUGCCCACCACCACCACCACCACCACCACCACCAACAGCUUGGUCUAGCGCCCGACGGCGACGGCGACGGCGACUGUUGGAUCGACGACAACCAAGAGAACUACGACAAUAUGCACGCGCACCAGGGCUGCGAGGACUGCCGCGGCCUCCUCGACGGCAUACUGUCCGACUUCGACGACUACGACGGGGGCCCAUCACGGCCGAGGUCCCCGCCGGCGCCGUACCGCGUCGUCUUCGGCCACGACGACGACACCCUGCUGGAGCUGGAGUGGGCGGAGGAGGCCGCCAUGGACCCGUUCGCCACCAGCGAGUCCGCGGGGGGCUGGUACAUGGACGGCCUGGUCAUGGCCAUGGCGUGGGACGAGCAGCAGGACGGCGGCGGCUUCCCGUUCGAGCCCUGCUACGGAUACGAAGGGGAGGCGGGCGCCGCCGGGCAGCUCUAUGAUGCCAGCCCGCUGUGGGAGUGAGAGUGAAGUAGUGUACCCGGUUACGUCGUCGAUCACACGUGUCCGCGUCGUCUGGGCCGUGCCGCGCUGCCGCGCCGGCCUAACUACUCCUCCGUACUUUACUUUUGCGCCGCUUUUGCAAAUUUUUUUGAGGAUAUGAAUUUGCUGAAGAGAACUGGACUUGUGUGCCUCUUGUGCUCAUUAGUGUUGUGUGGCUCAGAUUAUCAGAAGCAUUCUAGUUUUUGUUCUUUGUUUUAUUUUUUUUGUUUGAAAGCUUUGUGCUAAAUGAAGUGCAUUGUCUACAUUCAGGUUUGCUUUACUGCCUGCAGGAUGCGUUCGGAUGGUUUAUGCUCUCGAAUCAAAAACAGAGGUCGUGGAGAAUGUACUGCAUAUACGGUAUCGCCAGUCUUUUUUAGACAUUUUAGUUGCGCCUUGGUACAGUUGUACAUGUGCGUUGAGCUUCAAAAUUCUGGUUUCCAUUAUUGCAGAGCACUGUUGUUCCGUGUUUCAGGCGGAGAACAGCUAAAAACCGGGCAUACAGAGAGCCUGCAAGAAUAACAGUGACCCUCUUGGCCUUGGAGCAUGCGGAGAAUAGCUUGACCCCGGUCACUGGAAACUGCGCCGUCUGCCCCCACCGCGCGAAUCAUUGUACGUCGUCGUCCUGAUUCCGUCGACAGGAACAGGCGGGUGAUCGCGGGUGAAUGUUGUUUCUGCUCUUGAUGACAUGGGUGCCGCUCGCUCUCUGCCGUGCGUGAGGGGAAGCUGCGACAUAAGCCUAGUUAUUACAUUGUACAUGUUCUGAAUAAACAUCUUAAAAGAUUGGAGUCCUAAU